CAUCAUGUGUGCUGAGGCAGAAGCAUGCAUGUGUGAAUGAGGCUGUCUGCUGCUCCACCUCCUCCCCGUCUCCCUCCUUCACCAUCCUUUGCGCUGCAUUUUCCUGCAGGAGACUCGUCACUGUGGCUGAGGCUGUCACAGCCAUAACAGCUUCAGCAUCAGCAUCAUUUCCUCAUCUGUCUCAGCAGCAUCCACUCCAUCCUGGAGAGCAUUCAUUUUUCACAAGCGCACACCCCCUUUUACCUCUCUUUCCUCUAGAUUUUUAACUCACAUCCUAGGUUCGUUUACCCUGUCGCAUCUCCCUCUUCCCUUCUGCUCAACUCAACAGUCUCCCUCACCACCAUCCACUCUUCCAUAGCACCGCUCAGCAAAAAGCAGGCAAGCUGUCUCUUCUUCCUACAAAAGCGUCUCUUAGCUGGACAGCUGGUCUUCCACUGUCCCUCUGGAGGAUGAUCCUGUGGAUGAAGACAGAGGAGAUGGCCCUCGGUGAGCUGCUAGUGAGACUGAGGACCGUCACCCAAAGCAUAGAUGAGAUCAUGCAGCUGGACAGCUGUCCUCUCCGCGCUGCUGACAUCACUCCUGACCUGCAAAAGAAGUUUGCCUUCCUUUCAGGAGGAAGAGGAGAUAAUGGCAGCCCCAUCAUUGUGUUCCCAGAAUUCCCUGCAUUUGGGGAGAUCACAGACAAGGAGUUUCACAACGUGUUGACCUACCUGACAAGCGUCCCAAGCUUGUCGUCAACAGGCGUGGGGUUCAUCCUGGUGAUUGAUCGCCGGCAAGACCGAUGGGCAGCUGUAAAGGGGACCCUGCUUCGUAUUGCAGGCUCCUUCCCAGGGAACCUCCAGCUGGUUCUGGUUCUGAGGCCCACUACCCUUCUGCAACGCACACUCUCCGACAUCUUCUUCAAGUUCAACAAGGAUGAGUUCAAGAUGAAGGUGCCGGUGAUUAUGUUGAGCUCUAUAACUGAGCUGCACUCUUAUAUUGAUCGCACCCAACUGACCCAGGAGCUCGGGGGAACACAGGAGUACUGCCAUGAGAAGUGGAUCUCUCACCGCACAGCUAUUGAAGGCUUUGCACUGAUGGUAAAGAAAACUGCACAGACUCUGCAGUCAUUUGGGACUGAGCUGGCAGAAACUGAACUCCCAAAUGAAAUACAGGCCACAACCAUCCUUCUGAGCACACACACCAGCAAGAAAGAAAGAAUGAAGGAGGAUUUACUGGUGGCUCUGGGUCAGGGCAGCAGGCUGUUGGAGAGCAUCAAUGAGCCUGUAGUGCGAGACCCCGACCACAACAUGAACCAGGAUGAACUGGAGAAUCUGGCUACAGUUCAAAGAUUGCUGUCUCAGCUGGACGAGACAGAACGAGCUUUUGAUGAGUUCUGGGUGAGACAUCAAACCAAACUAGAGCAGUGUCUUCAACUGCGCCACUUUGAGCAUAACUACCGAGAGGUGAGGGCUCUGCUGGAUCAGGUGUCUGAGAAACUUGCAACCUUCUCUGAGGUUGGGAUCAGUCCAGCCCAUGCUGACCACAUCUUCAUUGAGCUCACGACCUACGAGGAGAAAGUCUGUGAGGUUCUGGUCAGAACUGCAGCCUUGUCCCAGGAGGGUGAUGAACUGAUCCAGAAGUCCCACUACGCUGAGGACUCCAUUCAGCCCAAAUGCAGUGAGCUUAGAACAAUCAGUGAAACUGUGAACAACAAUCUGAGAGCCAAGAAGGACCAUCUCCUCAAAGCCAGGGAGCUACACCACCGGCUGGAGCGGGCAUCAAAGUGGGUUGAUGAUGGCAUAUACCUGCUGGCUUCUCAGCCGGUUGAUAAAUGUCAGUCACAUGAGGGCGCAGAGUUGGCCCUGCAGGAGCUGGAACGUUACCUGGAUAAUGCAGGCGAGAAUCAGCUGACAGACCUCAGCACCAUCUGGAAAGACUACGAGGCUGUGCUGAACCAGCAGUUUAGGGACCAAGUGGAGAAAGUUUUCCAGAAGCAGGCGUCCAUGCAGGAGAUGUUUGACAAGAGGAGAGUCAGCCUCAAGAAGCUAGCAGCUAAACAAACCAGGCCUGUGCAGCCAGUAGCCCCGAGACCCGAAGCCUUCAUCAAAUCCCCUCUCAGCUCACCUGCACGCAGAGCAAAGCUGGAGAAGAAAUGCUCAGAGACAGACUCCGGCAACUGUGAAAAAGGAAAUGGCCAACUGAAGAACGAAUACAGUAGCAGCAGACAUACCUCUCUGUCAGAGGAGGAGGAGAACCUGGCAGUGCUCAGGCGACAUGUUAUGAACGAGCUGCUGGAAACUGAGAGGGCUUACGUGGAGGAGCUGCUCUGUGUCUUACAGGGAUACGCCUCUGAGAUGGAUAAUCCAGCAAUGUCUCACCUUAUCCCUGCGCCUUUGCAGAACAAAAAGGAGGUUUUGUUUGGCAACAUGCCGGAAAUUUACCACUUUCACAAAAGAACUUUUCUGAGGGAGUUGGAGCAGUACACAGACUGCCCAGAGUUGGUUGGUAGAUGCUUCUUAGAGAGGAUGACAGACCUGCAGAUCUAUGAGAAGUACUGUCACAACAAACCUCGCUCUGAGAGCCUGUGGAGGCAGUGCUCAGACUGCGCCUUCUUCCAGGAAUGCCAGAAAAAGCUGGAGCAUAAACUGGGUUUAGAUUCAUAUCUCCUGAAGCCGGUUCAGAGGAUUACCAAGUACCAGCUGCUACUGAAGGAAAUGCUGAAGUACAGUAAGGGCUGUGAAGGGGCUGAUGACCUGCAGGAUGCGCUGACCUCCAUCGUGGGGAUCCUCAAGGCUGUCAAUGACUCCAUGCACCUUAUCGCCAUUACAGGUUUUGAGGGUAAUCUGAGUGAGCUGGGUAAACUGCUUAUGCAAGGGUCAUUCAGUGUGUGGACCGAGCACAAGAAAGGCCAUGCCAAGGUUAAGGAUCUGGCCCGUUUCAAGCCCAUGCAGAGACACCUCUUCCUCCACGAGAAGGCCCUGCUCUUCUGCAAGAGGAGAGAGGAGAACGGGGAAGGUUAUGAGAAAGCUCCUUCAUACAGCUUCAAGCAGUCCUUGAAUAUGAGAGCCGUGGGCAUCACUGAGAAUGCAAAAGGAGACAACAAAAAGUUUGAAAUUUGGUGCAACUCCAGAGAAGAAGUCUAUAUUGUUCAGGCACCAACGGCUGAAGUCAAAACCACUUGGGUAAAUGAGAUCAGGAAGGUCCUGACGACCCAGCUGGAGGAAUGCAGAGAAGCAAGCCAACAGAGGGCACCAGAUCAGGCCACCCAUGCUCCACCUGUUCCCACUGGAACCGUAAGUCUCAGCCCAUUCAAGACAGGCCAGAAGAGCAUUAAAAAGGGAGAAGAGAAGAAAGCUGAGUCCUGCAGUCCUGAUGUCAAUUCCUCCUCUUCUGUAAAGGCUGCAGGGAAAGAUGAGGGUGUGACAAGCCCGACCUCAGACAGAGCUGCUGUGGCUAAAAAGCGCUUUACUUUACAGGGCUUCAGUAACCUCAAAGCUCAGAAAGAGCCCUCAAGUACUGAUGACAAAAGUUUUACAUUGCCCAUGACAGUCUUCCCAUCAUCAGGAUCUCCCACCAGCCCAGAUCACAAGACGAAACGCCAGAGUGAUCCCACACCAUUUGGCUUUAAAGAUGCAGGUCCUCCAGCCCUCCACCUGACCAGAGCCAGGUGGUUCAGCACCUCUAGUCUCUUACAGACAAAGUGGAGAGGCUGGAAUAAAGCCUCCCUGUCACUCGAUGCCUCAGGGGAACAUGACGGCUACUCCAGCGCUGAAGAUCCUCUUAACUCUGACCCAGAAGAUGAAAAUGGCAAGAAGCUGUGUGCUGGAAAAUACACCGUCACGGCUGAGUAUGAGAUCGGUGGCGCUCAAGAGCUCUCUGUGAAGAGCGGAGAUGUAGUGCAGCUGGUCAAGGAGGGGGACGAUGGACAGUGGCUUGUGCGUAACUUAAACACAUCUAAGGAGGGUUGGAUUCCUGCUGCUAAUCUUAUCAACCUCAUUGGAAAAUCAAAGUCUUGUCAGUCUCUCACCAGCUCAGAAGGCAGCGGCUCUGGGAACCUCAGCACAUCAUCUAGCUGCAGUGAGACCUACACAAGCUUCUCUGAUAUCAAACCCUGAAAAUACUCUGCACUUUCUUCAUCAUCAAACUGCCAUCAUUCCUACAUCAUGUGGCUAUCUGUACCGUUUUGCCAGCAUAUGUAAUCAUGAAUUUUGUCAAUUUUCCACAGAAAACAGAAGUUACAAAGGUAACUAUAGUUUUAUGAAUUCUAGGAUCACUGCCGGUGGCAGUAAACAAAAUGUCUCCUCAUAGUCUGCACGUGUUGAAAUCUUAUAUAAACAAAAUCAUAUGCAUGAUGUGUAGGCUACCUGUGCAUAUGCACUAUAAAUAACUUGGUAGGCUACAUAUGAGCUCUAUGAAACUUCUCAUGCUGAAAUUUUCCAAGUGACCAGCAUGACUGGCAAUCAUCUUGGGUUUCACAGAACCACAGUCAUCAAACUUCUGUACUGUUUUACUUCUUCCUUACUGCCAGUGGCAGUAAACAAAGUGGAUGACUUAAAGCAGCAUCAAGAGGAACAGACAACUUCUAGUCAACCAGUGGCUGGUAACGUGAAUCCACAGGCUGACAGAACCUCACAAAUGUACAGGGUGUUCCCCAAGAUGCCGCUGCACAGAUUACACAGACGGGACACCCCACAUUGCUCUCCAGGAGGUGGCCGCACCCGUGGUUGAGUGACAGACGACACCUGAAGAAUGCAGGCACAUCUGCUAUUCCAUAUGCCUGUUUCAUCAUGUUUACAGCUCAGUGGGAAUGCCCCAGUAUGAACACAUCUUUUCUCUUGUUCUUUUCAUUAUAAGAAAUCAAAGACAGGUCCCAUGUUGCAGUGCCCCCCAUGUCCCAAUGUUCAAGGUCCUAGCACACCUGCCAUAAUAGGAAAAGACCAGCAGAGCUUCAGCUCUUCCAAAAAGCUCUUCUUCUGAGUUGCCAAUAGCAAAUACAAACCAGCCACACCUUUAAGAGGGCAAAGACUGCACUCUGACAAUGACAGUCUGAAUGACAACCUCCUACCCCUUACUCCAAGGGAUGCUUACCUCCUGAACAUAGAUUAUAGAUCAUUAAUUAUCAACCUAAAGAACAAUUAACCAAGAAAAAACACC